AUGGCUAGUAUUAUAGAAGCAUCUGCUGCUCUGAGAAAGCGGAAAAAUCUGAAAAGGGGCAUCAAUUUCACCUUGAUGGUGGUCGGAGAGUCUGGAUGUGGUAGAUCAACAUUCGUGAACACAUUGUGUGGCCAGCAAGUCGUGGAUGUCUCCACUACAGUCAUGCUACCAACAGACUCAUCCACGCAGAUUGACUUGCAAUUAAGAGAAGAAACUGUGGAACUCGAGGACGACGAAGGCGUCAAAAUUCAAUUGAACAUCAUAGACACUCCUGGUUUCGGGGAUUCUUUGGACAAUUCUCAGAACUUCAACGUUAUCUCCGACUAUAUAAGACACCAGUAUGAUGAGAUUCUCCUGGAGGAAAGCCGCGUGCGGAGAAAUCCACGUUUCAAGGAUGGCAGAGUGCACUGUUGUCUGUAUCUGAUCAAUCCCACAGGUCACGGUUUGAAGGAAACUGAUGUCGAGUUGAUGAAAACUUUGGGUCCUCUGGUGAACGUAAUCCCAGUGAUCAGCAAAGCGGACUCUCUCACUCCCGCAGAGCUCAAGCUUAAUAAAAAACUGAUCAUGGAAGAUAUCGAUUUCUACCAUCUUCCCAUCUACAAUUUCCCGUUUGAAGAAUCGGAUAUAUCAGACGAGGAUUACGAAACUAAUAUGCAUUUGCGCUCAUUGAUGCCAUUCUCAAUCAUCGGAUCCAACGAGGUUUAUGACUUGAGUGAUGGUACCAUAAUCCGUGGUCGGCAAUAUCCAUGGGGUACAUUGGAUGUCGAGGAUUCCACAAUAUCCGAUUUUGUACAGCUGAGAAAUACGCUAUUAAUCUCACAUUUGCACGAUCUGAAAGACUAUACGCACGAGAUUCUUUACGAACGAUACAGAACUGAAGCUCUUUCUGGAGAUGUUCCCUCGCAAAACGGUCGUGGAGUUCAUUCCGGGAAUGAGCAAAGCACUUCUUCGCCAGUUGCAUCGGGUAGAUCUUUCCAAGCCGCUGAGACAGAUUCCCUCCAAUCAUCCUCGAAACAGGCCGCUGGUAAUCAAGACACCUAUUUGGCGCGUGAGGAACAAAUCCGACUAGAAGAAGAAAGGCUGAAGGCCUUCGAAGAGCGGGUUCAACAAGAGCUACUCAUGAAGAGACAAGAACUUCUACAGAGAGAGCAAGAAUUGAGGGAAAUUGAGGAAAGAAUUGAGAGAGAAACCAAGCUCAAAGGGGAAAUGGGAAGCUUUCAGUAA